AUCCGCCUUACCCUGGCUUGCACGGGCUCCUCCGCGCCACAGGGGGCAGACACCGUCAUCCAUCGUCUCUUUUGCUCGUUGUUUUCUUCCUCACAUCCAUCUAUCGGUCUGUCCGCCUGCCCAUCUGUCUGCGCCCUUGGCCUCGCAAUAACCACGAAACGUGCUGUUUACGGAGAAGGAUUGUCGCCAGCGAAUGACUUAGUCGCAUCGAGAGAGCCACUGCGCAUGUGCGCCGGGAGCGAUAGGCGACAUGGCGCAGACAGACGGCGCACAUAAAAGCGCGGUUAGCGGUUCGAAGCCUAGAAUUUUUCCGGGCGUUCGGCUGCCCAUUAGCUUCCGUCGAGACAAAGCCAACUCGAAGAAAGACCGCUGCGUGGCCGCGCAACAGGUCGAUGCCGCGUUAGUAGAUCGGUGUUUGGAACAUCGAGCCUUAGAAUCAGUACCUCUCUCAGGUGCCAAUAGCAGUAGUAGUAGCAGUACCAUUAGAAUGCAGCCGAGAGGAGAUUAUCACAUAGUAGAUUACCAGCGACCGACACGAAUCGGAAGAAGCUACUCGCAAGAGCCGCCGGAGUCGCAGUGUGAGCCUCCACUCACGUUCUCCCAAGCGCCGCCGGUGGCGGCGGCGGCGGCGGAAGUCUCGACGCUGCCGCAACUCCGCCCAACAGCUUAUGGGCGGGCCACCAUGGCCACGCCGCCUCAGCUCUCUGCGUAUGAUUGCUCUCCCUAUAUCGCGUACGUCUCUGGCGGAGAAAUUCCGGCAAACCCUGUGGCCACGCCUUCACUGAGGCUCCCCUGCGCACCAGAGCAAACAGUAACGGCUAAUCCCCGCCUCUCCGGUGCGCCUGGUCCUUACCCGCGGGGAGAAAGGUUUGCGCGCAGUUGUGGAGGCGCGGGCGGAAGAGCUGGCGGAGGGGCCGCGUGCGGCGGAGACGACGGUGCGCAAGUCGCUGCGGCGGCGGAACUUCCGCCGAAAAGGCUUGGAAGUGGUGGAGGAGGCGGAGGGCGCACAGGACAGGCCGCCGCUGCGGCUGCGAGAGGGGAGGCGAGUCAUGAUGCUCGAAGAACGGGCUCCUCGGAGGAGUCUUCGGAGCGCUACUGGGUGGACUCGAGCAGCAGCGGCAGCGGCAGCGGCGGCUGCGGCAGAAGUCACGAGUCGGAGUCAGCGUCAUCGACGAUGGCGAGAGUAGCCGCACGAUCGUCGCGCGGCACCACACGUAGUGCUGCAGCAGCAUACAGCAGGUGCGCGUCGUUGCCGAGCGCCAGGGGAACGAGUGCGGGGGGAACGAGCGCCAGGGGAAUGAUGCCCCCGCCGGCCUGGGCUGUCAGGAGAAGACGCGAGGAUGGUGGUGGUCGUGGUGAUCAUGCUGAUGAUGACAGCGAGUCACGUGACGAUGACAGCGUGGCACGUGACGGUGACACGUCAAUUUCAGCGCGAGCGCGGCACAGCGGCGCUGGCUUCCCCGACUUGGCCUCCUCCCCCGCCCCCCGCAUCCCGCCGCUCUCCUCGCUUCUCCGCUCUCCCUCUAUCUCCGCAACCCAGUCGUCUUCCGCUCAAGUUUCCGCCGCUUCCUCACAAGACUCCCCGCGCACAGGCGUGCGCGCCCCCCGUUCUCCCCGCGCCUUCAGUCCGGCGCAGCCCGCUUUCCCCCCUUCCGCGCAACCCCACCACUGGCAGGGGCUGCCCCCUCUUUCAGAAACUGCUCCCACUCCGCCCGCCCCUGCCGCUGCCCCUGAUGCUGCUGCUGGUAGGGCGAGCUUUAGGCGGAGUGCAGUGAGUGUGGCAGAUCGGGUGAAGGCGUGGAAGGACGCGGAGUCAGCAGAUGGCGCUUUAUCGGAAAUGGCAGCAGCCGCAGCGGCAGCGGCAGCGGCAGCUGCAUUGGGCAUAAGACCCAGUGUGUGUUCAGGUGGCGGUGACACUUGGGGUGAUGACGGGGGUGAAGGGGAAGGGGAUGGGGAUGGAGAGCUCGAGGGUAUCACGUGCUCCUUUGCGGACUGGCAGAAAACAGAAGCAAGAAAGCUGGUCGUGCGGGGGGGACGGGGCAGUGCGACUGCUGCUGCUGCGUAUGUAGGUCCUUCCGCUCCUUCGGCUCCGUCUGCUUCUUCUGCUCCUUCUGAUUCAUCCACGUCAGCUUCUCCUUGCCAUGCAGAGCAGCCCCACAGAACUGGUACCAGCAGCUGCAGCAGCAGCAGCCGCGGGGGCUUCUUUGACUUUCAACCCAUGCCCGUGUGCAGGCCUCGGUACCCCUAUCCUGGCCUUCGAACUCCGAGCACGCUGCCGAUCGGAAGUGACGUGUCAACAAGCGACGUGGCAGAAGAGGAGGAGGAGGAGUCCUUCUCCUUCCAGCCGGUAGCAGCAGCCUGCCAACCCCACCCUGAUGCCAACACCGCCAGCAUCACUGCCCAUUCUUCUGCACGCGCUGCUCCUGUGACUGCGGUAGCUGUGGCGGCUGCGGCGGCGGGCAAUGAUUGGACUUCAGCUAUGAUGGCGGCAAGGAUUAGCACGGGGCAGCCAACAACAACACCAACAACAACAGUAAUGCGUGAAGAGAGGCUCCCGAGCAUGGAUUCCAUAGGAGGAAGGGGAACGCCGCCUCACCCCUUGUCGCGCUCAUCGCAGUCAUUUGUCGGCAGGGAGACGUCGCCGUUCUACCCCUCGUCUCCUGUCAGCCGGACCCCUACUUCCCCACCUGCUGUCAUCCGACCCCCUCCACCACUCUACCAGUGCCCGUCCCCCUCCUCCCCUUUGCGCCAGUACUCAGGACUGCCCUAUCCCCAGCACCAGCAGCAGCAGCAGCAGCAGCUGUUGCAUCCAUAUCCACCUUCGGACGUAAGCCCCCCUCCCAUCCUUUCCUAUCCACCUCCCUCCUCCACCCUGCAUGGCCAGCCCCAGCCUCCGCCUGAGUACAUAAGCCUCGCCAGCCCACUUGGUGGUUACGGCUCUCUCCAUAACAGCAUGAAUGGCGGUAUGAAUGGCAGAAUCAACUCUGGCGCCAGCAGCUUGCUUGAUGCCAAUGGCAUGUGCAACGGCAGCUGCUUACUGCAUAGCAACAGCUCGCCAACUGGCAGCACUUGCCGCUUCAGCCGCAGCAGCAGCAGCAGGCUGGACUACCCGAGCAGCGCGAGCAGUGUGAGCAGUAUGGGGGGUUGGAGCAACAUCAGCACCAACAGCAGCAGCACCAACAACACCUGCACCAGCAGCAGCGGCUACAGCAGCGGGGGGUGGAGUGGAGGGGUGAGCGGGCACAGUCAGAGCAGUGGCAGUGGGGGUUACACUAUGGAUCAUAAUUGCUCGGCGUAUCAGCUUGGUUCUCGCUCGGACUCCAUGAAAGUGGCUUCACUUAUUGCUGCUGCUGCAGUGAGUGCCGGCAACAGGCAGGCUCGACGCACACGCUCGCUCAGCGUUCAAUCGUCUCUCUGUUAGUGUUGCCAUUCUUUUUUUGUAGGUUAUUUGUUCAUUUUCCCGAGUGGUGUUUAUUAGGAUCUACCGUACAAGUAUAUGGAAAGGAUAUAUGCAUAUACCGUACCUGUGUUUUCUGUUG